AUGGCAAGCACAUCAUACACAACACCAGCGGCUCAUUCACAUGCUUCGGGGCCAUGGGAUACUAGUGCCAGGUCAGCUACAGACCCACUAAAGGACGAGGUCAAGCUACAAUUUGGCGGCGGGGUUUGUUGGCUAUGUGAAGGCCCUUACCCUUCCCUUAUACAGGUGGAAGUUGCCCACAAUGUCCAUGCGAGUAUCGAAGCUACCGUGGCCCAUCGAUGGCAGGCAAUGGGGAUCCUUCCCCAGGUCUUUUAUCGAGCUCAUCUAAAACACAUGAUGCGCCUUUGCAUCACCUGCCAUGGGUAUGACGACCCGUAUCCCAUUUGGGCUAUACUCCCAGAGACCGGGAAUGAACUGGUCUCCAUUCCCCAAGCCGUUCCGCGGAUAUCCACAGACUCUAGUUUUGAAGGCGCUUCGCGGUUGCCUUUCCCCCCAAUGGUACGCGAGCCUAUCGUAGAAGAUCAUGAACUCAUAAUAGAUGCGGGAAUGCCUCCGGAAGUUCGGAAUCAAAUCAACGAUUUGAUGCAGCUCGGGAGCCGUCCAGAUCCAACGCCGCGAAGGCGGAGGCAAAAGGAAGUGAAAUACUGA